GAUUAUCCUGGAAAUUUAACACUGUCAGGGCCACUUCACUCCAUUACAUAGCUGAGACUGGCAAGGCAGGUGCUGUCUCCUCUCCACUCUCCAGGUACCAGAUCAGGGCCGGUGAUACUAGGAGGCAGUAGAAUGUUCGCUCCACUGUGUCAGAUAUAGAGUAGAUGUUGUUGGUUUUUGUGUUUGUUUUUUUUGUUUAUUUUGGGGGACGACGACACAGGGACACUACCACGUCGUUAAAUUGUAAUUGAACAAGUGUGUGUAUGAGCAGGACUCUGACUAGUCCGCGCAUCUCCCCGGCGUAGAGGGCAGGCGUUACUUUUCCCCAAUGUCCCUCUUCCGUGCACUACCACAGGUGCCGGGCUGCGAGGACCGGGGGGAGCAGCUACUGCAGAAGAGAACCGAGGACUAUCAACGACAGGCGGAGAUCAGUCUGGCCGGGGAGCAGCUCAGGCUGCGAUUACACAAUGCUAAGCUGAUAAAGGACAGAUGCCACCACACAUUUACCUAUCCAAACUGCUUUGUGGCCAAGGAAUUAGUGGAUUGGUUGAUUGAGCACAAAGAGGCCUCGGAAAGAGAAACUGCUGUCAGCAUUAUGCAGACAUUUUUUGAGUGCAGUGUCAUUCAUCAUGUUUGUGAUGAACAUGCGGUCUUCAAAGAUGCCAAGCUGUUCUAUAGAUUUCGGAAUGAUGAUGGCACACUCUUCCCCAGCAGGCAGAUGAAGAUUGUCAUACGAAGCAAGCGAUUGUAUGAGAUGAUGAUCAGUCAAGAAGACCCCAUUCUUCAGUUGCGGGAGCAAGGUUCAGAGCGAUAUCUAAGAACGUUUCGGGGCUCCGAGAUGUUGGACUGGUUGGUGAAGCAUGGUCAAGUAGCCAAAAGGGAAGACGGGGAAAGGCUGUGCAAAGCAAUGUUAGAAUAUGGUAUAAUCCAGCAUGUAACUGGACGACAUUACUUCUCCGACUCAGAUCUGCUCUUUCAGUUCUGCAUUAAUUUUAGGCGCAGAAGAAAACUGAUAGAAGUCCUCAAUGAUUCAUCACCUUCAAUGGACCACACAAGAGAGUCACCUGAUAGCCCAUUCUGCCUACGCAAACUUAGCUCUGAGCUCCCCCAAGGCAGAUUUGUGUGUGCCAAUGAAUUGAGGUUUCAGCAUCCUCCAUUAUCAAAGCGAAGCAGCAAUUUUUGCAUUGGAACUGGUGCCAGUUACUGCUAUCCUCCACUCAAGCCUGUGAUGUCCCCUCCUUCAGUGCUUAAAAAGCCAGUGAUGAUAGACGAACUGUUGGCGCCAGAUUCACCAUACAUUCUGAAGACCCUUACUAUCAUAGGUGAUGAUGUAGGUUGGGGUUUUGUUGCCCGAGGAACAGGUCCAUGUCACAUUCAAGCGGUGGACCCUGGUGGACCAGCAGCUGCUGCUGGCAUGAAGAUCCGUCAGUUUAUAAAAUCUGUUAAUGGCAGCAAUAGCCUUGGUCUCCCUUACCAGACCAUCUACAAGCAGAUUGUGGCAGGUCCUCGCAAUCUCAUUCUUGAGGUUCUGGAGCCCCUUGACUGAUGUGAAAGGUUCCACCUACAAGUGUCUGUAAUAAGUGAUACUCUUAUGAGUAUGCAAGUUGCUUUGAUAAGCACCUCUGCUUUGUAUUAAAGAGAACGUUUCAAAUAUUUCACUUCCAUAUGACUAAUAAAAGUGAUAUUUAAGUCGUUAGCAAAGUUAUAAA